AGCGAAAACCGUCAACUGUGGCCGGCCCGAUUGCCUUGAUUGGUCGAUGGACCCGUCCCCUUCGACUGCGGCCUAGUUGUUGUUGUUGUUGAGAGGUCCGAGUGUUUGAGCCGCAUUCGCCCCUCUAGUCCCUUUGAUCAUGCCCCGGUCUCGAUCCAGCUCCUCGUCUUCGUCCUCCUCCUCGUCCCGGAGCUCGUCACCCGUCGAUGAUCGGCACGCCACACAAAGCCGGACCAGUCGGAAACACAGCCGUAGUCAUCCUCGGCGCCAGGCCAGCCCGGAACCCAAACGCCGACACGCCCGCCACCGAUCGGGCUCGAGAAAAAGCGCCAAACGUGGCUCGCAUCGGGCCGACCACCGCUCGCCGGACGAUCGACGCCGGCGGGCCAAGAAGUCCAAAAAGGAUCACCGUCACAGUUCUCGUCGACGGUCAGUCAGUCGCUCGCCCAGUCGAUCUAGGUCCCGCAGCCCGCCCAAGAAAUCCCGGAAAGAUCGACGUCCACCCCGCAGCUCCAGAUCGCGGUCCCGAUCCCGAGAUCGCCGGCGACGAUCCAAAGAUCGCCGAUCGGAUCGCCGAUCCCCGUCGGGGGUCCGAUCGCCGGUUGAUCCCUCGGAACCCCAGACUGGUGUUCCGUCUUCUGUGACGGCCUUACCCGGUGGGCCCGGCCUUGGGGCUCAGGUUGAUGCUCAUGAGGUAGCCGUGCAACAGACCCGACGGGAUUUAGCCAUUGCCAGUAUCGAGUCGUCGUCGGGUUUCGAGCCCGCAUCCUUUGUGUCGUCGUCCCAAGCCAAAGUGGCCGCCAUCGCCUUACCCGGUGAAGCCCCACCCGCUGUCACAAGUGGCUUUGAAUUUGGUACGGCCUUCGAAAAGAAGGCAUCCACCCCCGGCCAACGAUUGCUGGAUCAGAUGUCGGCUGAUGGCCUUUGUCAUCCUAGUCUUUUUGGUGGAGAAGCGGAAAAAGAAGAGCGAUGGGUUCGACAUUUGUUCCAACUGAGGAAAAAACUCAUGACAUCCGGAUCGUAAGCCAUCGGAUUUUCUUGUGCAUGAGCCGUUGAAAAGAAAACAAAUCUGUUUGACAUUUCAAAUCAAUAUCGCCUUAUAUUUGAAACAUAUUUGAAUCAGCGCUGCUGGCUUAAGAUGA